AUGACGAAAGAAAUGCUUUACGGUAAUUUUUUUUUUCUCAAUUUGAAAAAUCCUGCAUCACGUGACAUAUUUUGAAAUAAGUUUUCAUGAUAUCAUUAUUUUGACAUAUUUUGUUUCUCCAAAACAGUCACAAGGAACUUUUUUCUGAACAAAUUUUUUUAAAUUAUUAUGAAACUCCUUUCAGAAUGUUAAUUUUCAGGCCAAAAAAACAGAAUUUUUUUUCUUUUCAAUGUGAAAGUAUAUCUUUGAAAAAAAGUUAGUUGAAAAAAACGUAACGGCUGGGGGGUCGAAAGAAUCUCAGAAACACUCAGCGAUACGAUCUCCCGACGGCGCAAUUUAUCGUUCCCUUGAAAUAGGCUUUCGCUGCGCAUCAGCUCAUUUCCUUGGAUAGUUUACCUGGUCUGCCAUGGGAGAUGUUCACAGAGACGAUAUCUUUAUAUUGAAAAAAUCCUUCGAGUGUUCUAAACAAACGCUUUCUUUUCCUAUGACCGAAACCGAAGAGGCUAAGAAACAGAAAAAAAGAAGACAACGAUUGGAAGAGAGCACAUUACCCGAAAUCUUGUUAGUCGGUCUCUUCUGCCGAUGCCACUCGAGAAACCCAAAACCCCCAAACGAAGACGGCCCACACCUCAUUUCUAAUCCGUCAUCCGCCUUUUGCUCCGUUAUUUUGGCAGUAAUGUCCGCCAAAGGCGAGAAAUUGUGGUUCUCAAAACGAACAAAUGUACCCAAUUGACUCGGUUCCUUUCUCAAACGAUCUUCUCGGCAUUUAUCUUUGGCACAACUCGUCACUUGAACUGCCCUUUUAUAGCUCUUUACAGCAGACUUGAAGGAAUAAUUGAAUUUUCUCGGUCAAUUUUAACCAUUCCCUAAAAAGCUUGCUGACGAAUACAGUUGUUUUCGAAGAAAAAAUGGAUUCAACUGGAAGGAGCAAAAAUUUUGAAAAUCUUAUAUCAUUUCCACCAAGUUGAAAAAAAAAAAUUGAAAAACGCACUUCUAUGCUGUGUCUCUGCCCGGUGAGACGAGGUUUUGCAGAAGAAGCGAUAUCGUUAGAAGAAGCCGCGUUGAGUGCGAACAACGUGAUGGUGGCGCCGAGCCGCAAGAGCUACGUCCACGGCUGCUCGACGACGCCGCUGCUCUUCGAGACCGUCGGCGAGCGUCUACGAUCCGCAGUCGAUCAGGUCUUUUUUUCUGGCUGAUUUAAACAAAAUUAAUUUAGAUGAAAAUACGGCAGAGGGUGCAUUAAAAGCGAAAGAAAAUCAAAAAAUGAUAGUAUCAUUCCAAUUGUUGGAAAAUAUUAUUUUCUCAAGAUUUUUGAAAAUUCGUUCCGCGUUGAAGUAAAAUCUUCAAAGAAUUUACAGAAGUAAAAAAUUCAGAAUAUAAACUAGAUUACGUUCGAAACUUUUCAAACAUUGAUCUGUAUUCCACGAGAAUCUUGUCCUAUUUUGUGACAAUUAAGAAUUUUUCAGUAAACAUUUGAGUUAAAAUGGAAAAAUUUUGAUCAUGGCCUGAGUCCGCGCAGACUUUUACGCAAAAAAUAUGGCUCAAAGUUCAGACCGGCGAGCCUGAUGCCAUGUUCGAGUAGUUCCGGCGAUUUAUUGACACUUAACUUUAUUCGUUUGAAACGGACGGAAUUUCGAUUUCGCCUAUUUCUCGGAAUCAUUUUGAACAAGUAACGCGUCGAUUUAGAAAUUGCCGAAACCACUUUGAAUUUGAAUGAUCCGAUUGAACUAGCCAAAAACAAAUCUUGAGCUCAACACUCCAUGUGCGCUCCAAUGCGUUCUUAUUACUGUAAACGCUUCAAAAUCUACUCAGGCCCUGGUGCGCGCACGCGCGGGGGUUACUGAUUUUUUUAUUUGGCAUGCUGGAAAAGUCGGUCGGUUAGGAAAACUAGACCACGGCGCAAUUUUGCCCCAUGGAACACUUAGAAUUUCGAACUUUUUUUUUCUGAAUUUUUCUUUCUUCUUAGAUUUUACCAAGAAGGUUUUCCCUUUUACUCAUUCAAGUCUAUCGUUUUCGCGAGCCAAAUGCGAUAGUUUCUACAUUCAAAAUUUUAAACUGAUUCGGUUUUUGAGAAUUCCUAUUUAUUUUUUCAGAUCCAAAAAUAACUCCAUACCAAAUGAGCGUAAUUGAGCGUAAUUAAAAAUGAUAAAUUAUCGAAAAAUGAGAUAAUGUGUAAAAUACACACAAAAAAAGGCAAGAAACAAAUUUACAUCCAGUAAAACGUAAAACAUUACCGAGAAAACGAUAAAAAAUAAGGAACAUUUCAGUUCGAAGUGAGGAGCAUGUGCCUCAUAUCCUCGAAAACUGAUAAAAAGAAAGGUAAAAUAUAGAAAAAGGGAAAAAAAAAUCUGAAAUUCGAUUUUCCAUGGAGCAAAAUUGCGGCGCGGCCUAGUUUUCCAAACCCGACCGAACCGACCGACUUUUCCAGCAUGCCUUUUUUUUCGCCUUUUCCACUGAAAUACGGUUUUGAAAUAUAUUAUUUAUACUACCCAGUGCCCUUGCUCACGUUUUAAAGUUGUUCCGAGCACUUUCGAACAAAUUUAUGAAAAAAUUUUCAAGUGAAACUUUGGUAUUUCAUAUCUUUCUGCGUCUAAUUGUUAUAAACUGGUGCAGAGCAUUGAUAGGAGAUAAACAGACACGAGAAAUUUUAAAUUUACAACUUUUCAAUUAUUUAAAAAGCUGAAAAAUAAAAGAAACAGAAAAUUUGAGCUUUUCGGGCCGGCCAUUUUUGCUUGAAACCUCCCUAAGGCCGGGUCAAGCCGCGCUUGGGAAGAGGCCGUGGCCGAUAAGCUGACGGGCCGGCCCUCGUACAAGCCUGCUGAUUCGGAGCAACUUUGGCGCCCCUUUGAACAUGCUUUUGUGUUUUGAAACAUGUUCCGUUUCUCCAAGGAAUACCAUAGGAUUGUAAAACUUUAAAACUUAUUUUUUAUCUGUUAUUUUCAGUUUUAUACAGACUUUCAUUUUGUACCUACUAUCACAGUUAUCGAUUCAAAAUUUCUUUUUCAUUUCUGUUCAUUUGAAUUUUUUUUUUCUUAUAUAUUCCCAUUUCUUUCACAUUACUUUACAGUUAAAGUUCAAAAGGUUUUUGACGCAAAAUGAAAUUUUAAUUAUAUCACCACUUUGAAAUUUUCCCACAGUUUUCCUACUGUCGACAGAAUGUCGCAAACGUUCAUUUUGAUAAGUCUACCCAUUUUUCAAAAUUUCAGGUGCCCGAAAAAGAGUUUCUGAUUUUCAAACGUGAUGGAAUCCGCAAGACGUACUUGCAGCUCCUGAAAGACGUGAGUCUCCUACCAAUUUAAUUUGGCGUAUCGAAUACGUCAGGCGGAAAAACUUGCGUGCGGCCUCAUCCACCUCGGAGUGAACAAGGGGGAUCGCGUCGGUAUCUGGGGCCCAAACACCUAUGAAUGGACUACCGUACAGUUCGCCACGGCUCUCGCCGGAAUGGUUCUGGUCAGUUUUUCUGAAGCGUCUCUACUAUUCAUGCUUGAAAAGCUGAUGAAAAUGGAAUCUUAAAAUUUGCGUGUUGUGAGAAAAAUGUUUUUAGUUCAAUGUUUAUUGAAUAGCUUCUCUUCCGAGUAACAGCGUAUAAAUUCAAAAAGUGUAAGUCAACAAUGUUAAAAAUCUACGAAUCGAUUUGCUUUUUGAUAAUCGCUUUAGUUUUUUUCUUAUAUAUUAAGGCCAGCCUGAAUUUUAAAAAAGUCAGUUGCCAGCAUAACAAAAAAAAGUCAAUUGAUAGGAAAAAAAACUGAAGAUUUAUUUUUCAGGUGAACAUCAACCCUUCGUACCAAUCAGAGGAGUUGCGAUUUGCUCUCGAAAAAGUUGGAAUCAAGGUUUUGAUAACGCCACCUGGCUUCAAAAAGUCCAACUACUAUCAAAGUGUGAAGGUUCGUCUCAAAGACUUGAAAAACGUAAUCAACUGAUUCAGGAUAUAAUUCCUGAAGUGGCGACGAGGCCAGCAGGGCGCAGCGAUAUCAACUCUCACUGUUUUCCCCUUUUCCGACAUCUCAUAGUUUUUGACGCCGAAGACAGAGAAUUUCCGUAAGAUGGCCUGCGGUUCUCCUUUCCAUCUGAGAAUUCCAGUGGUGCGUGGCGCUAUGAUGACGUCAUGAAGACGUUCACUGAAGAAGACAAGACUAAACUAGCGAGUAUUGAGAGAGAGACUCAGCCGGACGAUCCAAUCAACAUUCAGUACACGAGUGUGAGUGGCUACUUGAGGGAAAAUGACUCGGCCUUCCAGGGAACGACCGGUCAACCAAAAGGAGCCACGCUAACUCACCACGGCGUCCUCAACAACGCCUAUUUCGUAGGUCUGCGGGCCGGCUACAGUGAUCGCGUACGUCUUCUUUCGUCUUCUUCUGACGCCCUCGCUUUCAGAAGACAAUCAUCUGCAUACCCAACCCUCUAUACCACUGCUUCGGCUGCGUGAUGGGAGUCCUGGCGGCUCUGACUCACCUUCAGACCUGCGUCUUUCCAGCUCCGUCCUUUGAAUCUCUCGCAGCACUCCAGGCUGUCGACGAGGAAAAGUUCGUUUUCCUUCCAGUUUUCUUGUUUUUAUGAGUGAGAAUCCCGAAAGAAAGCCUGCGAAGUAAAACAGUACCAAUCUUUGGACAUAUGGCUAUUUCACAAAGUUAAUUGGCACAUUUGGGCUGUGUUUAAAGUAAUUUGCGCGUAACUCAAAAUUGUCUCUGACUCUUUGAUUACUUUGAACACGUCAUUAUAUUAUUUUUCCUAUUUAGACGUUCUUGGUUUUCAGUAUGUAUAUUGAAAUUCGAAGAAAUUUGUUAGAUUCGAAUAAUCGAGGUUGUAAGAAAGGCCUUGAACUCGCACGCCGCUUUGCCGUCAUUCAGAACUGACUGAAAAACUUACGAGGGUUUUCAAGAGAAAUUUGUUAAUAUUUAUCUGACUCUCUCCGCAACGCUACUCAGAUGCACAGCGCUGUACGGAACGCCGACAAUGUUCAUCGACAUGCUGAACAACUCAGAGUACCACAAAUACAACUAUGACUCCAUUCGAUCAGGUAGUUCUGCAAGUCGGAGAAGACCUGUCUUGGCGCAGGAUUCAUUGCCGGGGCUCCGUGUCCGAUCACUCUGUGUCGACGGCUAGUCCAGGAGAUGCACAUGAACGACAUGCAGGUCUGCUACGGCACCACGGAGACUUCGCCUGUCUCCUUCAUGUCCAUCCGAGAGGACCCGCCUGAGAUGCGCAUCAAGAGCGUCGGCCACAUUAUGGACCACCUCGAGGUAGCUUUCGGUGUAAACUUUUUUAAGAGUCUUUUAUUAGAUUAAUAGCUUAAUUUCUUGUCGAAGUGUUAAAAGUUUUAAGCCGCUUAAAUUAAAUCCGUUGGCUGUCAUUAAACAAGUUACAUAAGAUGUUAACGAACAACGAACAACUUUUAAAAAAAAUUUUUGCUUUUUUGUUCAUAUUUUCAUUAUUUUUUUUUUGACUAUUUUUCAACUGAAAACCUUUUCAGUUGGAAAGUUUUGUUGAGGCUCAUUUUUUUCUUUUUUUUCUACUCGACGAACUACAAUUUUAGACUUCUAUUGCUCAAAAAUGGGACAUACCUUCGAUUAUUUUUAUGAGAGUAGAGUCAGUCUAUGACUAGAUACUAAAUUUGACGUUCAUUGUAUUCUUGAAAUUUUUUUUAAAUUUCCAUUUUUCAACACGCCAGGCUGCCAUCAUCGAUAAACGCGGAAGAGUUUUGCCUCGAGGCGAAAAAGGCGAAGUCAUAGUGCGCGGCUACUCUGUGAUGAGAUUUUACUGGAACAGCGAAGAACAGACAAAGAAAGAAAUAACAGAGGAUCGCUGGUACCACACAGGGUAACGGAAGAGAUCGUAACCGCUAGACGGUAGGUUUAAGAGACAUUGCCGUGAUGCACGACAACGGAACAAUCUCGAUCGUCGGCCGGUCGAGGGACAUGAUCGUGCGUGGCGGAGAGAACAUCUACCCGACCGAGGUCGAGCAGUUCCUCUUCAAACAUCCCAACAUCGAAGACGUUCAUGUGAGUUUCAGUUGGAGCGCCUCUCAGUAAAUUAGGAUCUCAGAUCGUCGGCGUGCCAGACGAAAGAUAUGGAGAAGCCGUCUGCUGCUGGGUUCGCCUCCACGAAUCGGCCGUUGACAAAGUCUCUGAAGACGACAUCAAGGAAUGGUGCAAAGGAAAGGUGAUAUUUUUGGACUUAUGGUGUUGGCUUUUCGGCUUUUUAAAAGUUUCGAUUUUUCCACGGUUUGAGGAAGUCGUUUCAAAUUGUUUAACCUGUGUAAUCAAAUAAAAUCUGAAUAACUUUCUUGAAAAAAUGAGAAUUAUUUCAUUAAUCAAAUUAGAAAAAAAAAACAGGCCGUCUAAUAACUUCAAGAAACUCCAUCCGCCACGACUCAAAAAAACUUCACUUUGACUGUUUUUCUUUUUUAAUUUAUGAUUAUACCGUAGAAACAGGAAGUUCGCACGUGAACACCUAAAAAAGAGCCCGGAGAAACGAGACUUUUAAGUUCUGGCUAUUAUAGUUUAGAGGUGGCUAUUUAUUUUGAAACGUGUAUUCAAAAAGGGAAACUUAAUUUAGCAAGUUUGGUAAUGUUUUCAAUUUGCAGAUUGCUCACUUCAAGAUCCCGCGGUACGUUCUUUUCAAAAAGGAGCACGAGUUUCCUCUGACAGUGACGGGAAAAGUGAAGAAGUUCGAGAUCCGAGAGCAGUCUAAGAUCGAACUCGGCCUGCAGCAGGUCGUCUCGCACUUCUCUGAACUGUGA